CUCCGCCAUUACCAUGCUAUGCGGCGUUGCUCAUUGGACGGGACAUCUGCUCAUUCCGAUCAGCCGCCCGCAGGCCUCGCAGAGCUGGUGACAAAGCGCCGUUGAAUGUUCAACCCUACUAAUUGCCCGACUCCAUUGUGUGAUUGCGGAGUCGAUAUGUCUCCUUAUUUUGGACCCUCUAGGAGUCCCUGCCCCUCCGCAAGGCUUGCUGAGUAAUUUAUUGUAGGUGACGUUGGUAUUGCCAGUGCCUUGCGCCUACAGGUAUACCUUCCAUCUACUCGCAUCUUUAUAUCCUCGCUGUAUAAGUACCACACCUCUUCGCCCUCAAGUCUCCAUCAAACGGUCAUCAGCUCAGUCCUCUCUUCCAACCAAGCAACACACUCGACCCAUUCAACAUACUCUCCCAAAGCUCUACAACUCGCACAGACUCGACGCCUCACAACCCCGCAGCAAUGACGAAACUCUUCAUCACAGGAGCAACCGGCUACGUCGGUGGAGACGCGCUCUACGCCAUUGCCAACGCUUAUCCGGACCUGGACAUCAUCGCACUCGUCCGCAACAGCGACAAGGGCGCCAAAGUAGCAGCGCAGUUCCCCAAGAUCAAGCUAGUCUUCGGCGAUCUCAGCAGCACCGAUUUGCUCACCUCGGAGGCCUCCAAGGCCGACAUCGUUCUUCACCUAGCCGAUUCCGACAAUGUCGAUGCUGCAAAAGCUAUCGUUGCCGGACUCUUGCAGAAGCAGACACCUGGCUAUUUCAUCCACAUCUCCGGCACCGGCAUUGUAGGCACCCCAGACUUCAUGCGCAAGACCUUUGGCGUCAAGGAUGAGAAGACGUACGACGAUUGGGAUAGCAUCGACGAGGUUACUUCUCUUCCUGACGACUACCUCCAUCGCAAUGUCGACAAGGUCGUGCUUGAGGCCUCAAAAGACAACCCUGGGAAGAUCAUCACCGCCAUCGUGUGCCCGCCGACCAUCUAUGGCCCGAGCCGCACUACAGGCAACAACAGGAGCAUCCAAGCCUUUUGGAUGGCGGAAGCUGUUUUGAAUCGCGGCAAAGGGUUCCAGGUCGGCGAGGGCAAGAAUCUCUGGACACAGAUCCAUGUCCAAGAUCUCAGCAACGUCUUCCUCGCGCUGGUCACUGCAGCCCUGCAAGGCGAUGCCAGCAAGGCGACCUGGAAUGACAAAGGCUACUAUUUCGUCGACAAUGGUCCCGAAUUUGCCUGGGGAGACGUUGCCAAGGCUAUUGCAAAGGCUGCCGCUGACAAGAAGCUCAUCAAGUCUGCCGAUAUUGACAGCCUCGACGGCGACGAAGUAACCAAAUUGCACCCGUUCGGGCCAUUCCUGUGGGGUACGAAUGCCAGGGCUAAGGCGAUCAGGGCGGGGAAGCUGCUCGGUUGGGCGCCCAAGCAGAAGGGCUUGCUUGAUUUCGUGCCCGAAAUCGUGGAUCAGGAAGCUAAGGCACUAGGACUGGUGAAGGGCCAUGCUGAAAAGGCUGCUGCUUGAGAAGCUUGUUAGAAUCGCGGAGUUCGAGUGAGGUGAAGGGGCAUCAGGAUGAGACGUACAAAUGUAUAUAGUUAGGACAGGAUAUAGAAUUCUUUCUU